CGAUUAAAAUAUUAACCAACUAUAUAUUUAAUCAAAUCACUUUCAAUUAAACCGAAUGUCGACGUGCGUGUCUAGUGCAAAAAGCCAAAUCCCUCGUCUUUUUGUUGUGGCUGUCGUCGCCUGAAACUUUAAACGAAAGAAAAGUUUGGCGGCAAUGAAAACCCCUGGCUUUGAUAACAAACUGCGCGUAUAAGCUGCAAAGGAAAUGAGCACACAGGGAAAAGCCAUUGUGAAACUGUGAAAGUGUAAUCAAAUAAAUUCCCUCGCAGAAUAAUCCGAGUAGCAGAAUAAAGGUCAAUCGUAGAAAAUGUGCAUAAAAACCUGCAAAGACAUCAAAUUCGGUGACAAUAGCGACGGAGGCCAUGAAGGUGGACAGAAUAUAGUCAUCCGCACAUCCAAAUUGGGCUACGAGCACUUCCAACUUCAACUGCAGCUGCAGGCCAAGCAAAACAAACAAAAGCACAAAGGCUUUAAGUUGCCCAACUUUAAGAUUCUCAUGUGUUGUUGCUACUUCAUCAUCAUCGUGUUGAUGAUAUGAGAACGGAAUGAAACUCAAUCUCCAACCAAAAAUGCUCCAAUUAUAUAGUUAAAUGCCAACAUAUUGAAACCACAGAGGCGAACCAGAAAUAUUGUUCAACUUAACUCAUGACAAAGAUCUCAUUCGAAUGCUGUCUAAAGUAUAAACCAUCAGUUAUUUCAAUACAUGUGUUACAACUAAUUAAAUGAAUUAAAUAUAUAUAUAAAUAUAUGUGUAUAGUUCAAUAACAAAGUUAAAUAUUUUCAAAUUUAGCUCAAAGAGAGAGUAUAAUCUAAUGUUUUUGUGUGUGUGUAAAGUGCAAUUGUUAAGCCAUAAUCAUUGAAAAGCAUAUGUUUAACUGCAAAGCAAUCAAUAAUUCAAUUAACCUGAGCUGCAAUAAUAAACACCUACAUUCGGCUAUGAAAUCGA